AAUAGUUUUCUCUUCUGGACUUUGUGUGUGUUUUUAUUUUUAUUUUACAUAUGAUGUGAAACAAAGUGAUGGAUUUACUUCAAGUAACACGCCUGUCUCUUUUCCUUCAUUGCUUGCACUUCACCUCCUUUUAGUGUUCAACUAACUCAUACUUACAGUAUUUAAACUAUAUAUCAUUCAACACUUGACUUGAAAAAUACUAAUAAAAAGUGUCUCUACUUUUACGACCACAUAAUUACUUUUAGUCCUUCGCUUCAACUUCACCUUUUACUAUUAUUUCAACUAUUUUAAGCUCUGAGUACAGUUGUAUACAAGUUUUAAUUUACAGUGUUGGACCAGAACUGAGUCAGACCACCUUUAUUUGUACUGACACCAAGAAGUCAUAAUGCCCUUCAGAGAGCUAUUAGCUUCUGGAAGCAGUAAAUCUGGGUGUGUGUGUAAAGCAACAACAACCAUAAAAGGAGCAAAACAAACUUCAAGUGUUCAGUGCUGCUAUCUCCACCUGUGGACAGGUACAAGAGGCGGACGGAUAAAAGCCAACCCACAUGCAGAUCAGCGUUUACAGCUCUGCUUUGUCUCUCAUUUCUGUUCUACCCUGAAUAUGACUGUGCCAAAGUUCAAUCCUCACAACCCGGGACAAUAGGAGAAAGAAGACACUGAACUAGAUGUUCUCUCCCAGCUUCAUCUUACAGAUUGUGUGUGACCCUGAGACAAACACCCGAGACUAUUCAACAAAGCAGCGCAGCGAGAAUCUUUCCAUUGGCAGUGCCAUACUGACACCUCAGAAGUCACCAACAGUUUUAACUGACCCAGAACAACAUGGCAAAUGUCCAGCGCAGGAUUGUGUCCAAGGAUGGCCACAACAAUGUGCGGAUUGACAACGUUGAGGGCAUGGUCAAGCUGUACCUGCACGACAUCUGGACCACUGUGGUGGACAUGAAAUGGCGCUACAAGCUUACACUGUUUGCUUCCACCUUUGUCAUGACUUGGUUCAUCUUUGGGGUCAUCUUUUAUUUCAUUGGCAUGGGCAACGGAGACUUUGAGGGUGGUUUAAGUUCAAACCACACACCUUGUGUGGUGCAGGUGAAGACCCUCACUGGAGCCUUCCUCUUCUCUCUGGAAUCCCAGACCACUAUUGGCUAUGGUUUCCGGUAUAUCUCAGAGGAAUGUCCUCUGGCUAUCUUCACUCUGGUGGCUCAGCUUGUCAUCACCGGCCUGGCUGAGAUCUUUGUCACCGGUGCCUUUCUAGCCAAACUGGCUCGACCCAAGAAGCGAGCAGAGACCAUCAAGUUCAGCAAGUCUGCGGUGAUCUGCAGGCGCCAAGGCAAGCUGUGUCUGAUGGUGAGAGUGGCUAACAUGAGGAAGAGCCUUUUGAUUCAGUGCCAGCUGACAGGAAAGCUCCUCCACUCCAACGUGACAGAGGAAGGUGAGAAGACACAGAUUCACCAGAGCUCUGUGGAUUUCUACAUGGACUCCAGUAGCGAGUGCCCAUUCCUUAUCCUCCCUCUCACCUUCUACCAUGUUCUGGACGAGCACAGCCCGCUGGCAGGGCUGACCGCAGAAAACUUACGCACUCGUGACUUUGAGCUGCUGGUCACCCUCAAUGCCACCAUGGAGUCGACGGCAGCCACGUGCCAGAGUCGAACCUCCUACAUUCCUCAGGAGAUCCUCUGGGGUUACGAGUUCAAGCCGGUGCUGUUCAGCACCACAGGUGGCCGAUAUGUGGCAGAUUUCAACUUUUUUGACAAGGUACAAGUGAGCAGCGAUGCAGCUUUCCUCAGUAACAACACAGAGAAGCUCAAACUGGAGGAGGACUAUAAGAACAAAGAAGAAUGAAGGAAACUGUGGUAACUGUAAGAUGUUAGUGAGGUCUGGACCAGUGUGUUAUUCUGACAUAUUGUAUAUUGCCAAAAUGAUUUGGUCCUAACAAUACUAAGUCUCGAAUUUGCCACCAGACUGGAAAACCUGACAUCAAAUGACAUUUUCUCUGCACAUUUUGCUUGUUUCAUUUAAUCAUCACCAUCAUUUUUUUCUCUUUAUUGUUUGGAUCACCAGGGUUGACAACUAUCUGGGUAGUGGUAAAUGCUUUUUAAGGCCUUUUUGGAAUAAUUUAUAUAUAUAUUUUUAGAUCCCUCAGUUCAACAAAUUGUUAGUCCAGCAUUAAAAGUAGCUUUUCAUUUUGGGAAAUACGCUGACUUAAUGUGCUUUCUUGCACUGAGGCUGGAACAUGGGGGAGACUUGUCCCCCAAAUAUCUGUAUAAGAUACUGACAAUCAGAACUAAAUAUACAUUUGCAGCAGCUUCAAUCCAAAAACAUCUGUUUCAGCAUCGUGUGCAAAUGCACAGUGCUGAAAGUAGGUUGAAUAAUUUUGGUUACUUUAAUAAGAGGAUCGCUUUUUCUAUGUGAAUCUAGGUUAGUGUGAAUUAGUACACAUCUACAGGUGUUGAUGCUUCUGUUACUUAGUUUUUAUGGCACAUGUUUUAUUAAAAUAAAUCAGAAUGUACUUACAUUAUUCUUGCAUUGUUUGUUCUGUUUUUUAGGCAAAUAGAUUAUGUUGGUAUAAUCAUACACUAGGUAUAGGAUGAUAAAUGAUCUAUGAAGUCUAAUACAAUGU